AGGCCGUCCGGCCGCGGGCGCCUCGGAGGCCCGCUCGGAGCUGAGGGACUGCAGCGCCCAAGCAGGCCAACAUGAGCUGGCUCUGAUAUGGCUUCCCCACGCAAGAUGCAGACCCUGCAGGUCGUCGACACGGAAUACAGCGCCGAUGCCGCAGAGUGGUGCCCUGUGCCGGGCUGGCGGCACAUCUUGGCGUGCGGCACGUACCAGCUGCAGAAGCCCCACAUCAAGCCUGGGGAGAGCCCUGACAGCACGCCCCAGGUGCGGCUGGGCCGCCUCUACCUGUAUUGCUUUGAAGAGCAGAUAUUUGCACCCCUGACCGAGAUCCAGAGACUGGAAACGGCUGCUGUGCUGGACGUUAAAUGGUGUCAUGUCCCCGUCACGGAACAGCCUGUCCUGGCUGUCGCUGACGCCAGGGGAGCAGUGGGACUCCUCCGCUUGACGGGCAGUGAGAAGAGCUGCAGGCUGGAGCCGUGCAGCAGCGCAGGCUUGGGACCUGAAUGCCUCGCGUUGUCUCUGGACUGGUCCACAGGGCGGGAGCACUGUGUCCCCCCGCUGCGACUGGUCAGCAGCGAUUCCAACGGACGGCUGAGCUUACUGGCAGUGGAGAAAUCUGCUCCCUCCGUUCACAUCUUGGAACAGUGGAAGGCACAUGACUUCGAGGCUUGGAUUGCUGCCUUUGACUAUUGGAACACAUCCGUUGUCUAUUCAGGGGGCGAUGAUUGCAAGCUACGCGGCUGGGACAUCCGGAGCAGCCCAAAAGCUCCUCUCUUCAGCAGCGAGCGGCACUCUAUGGGGGUGUGCAGUAUUCAGUGCCACCCACUCCGGGAACAUCUGCUGGCCACAGGAAGCUACGAUGAACACAUCCUCCUGUGGGACACCCGGAAUAUGACGCAGCCAGUGGCAGACACCCACGUGCAGGGCGGGGUCUGGCGGCUGAAAUGGCAUCCCUCACGGGAGAACUUCCUGCUGGCAGCCUGCAUGCACAACGGCUUCAAAAUCCUGGAUUGUCAGAGCAGUUUGGCAGAGAACAGAGAAACUUGUACUGUCCUUUCGUCUUACAUCUUGCACAACUCCUUGGCUUAUGGAGCUGACUGGUCAAGACUGCCACUGAGCAAUCCCACAGUGCUGUCUCCAGCGAUGCCAGAGGUGAAUACGGAUCAAGAAGCUGGACAAGUGGAUCUCAAAGUUCAGAACCUCAAAAUAGUUUAUGAAUCCCCCACAGCCACCUUUGAGGUGUUGCUGGAUGAGGAGGAUCAAACCCCCCCUGUGCCACCAGUGCAAGGUGGAGACAGCCGGGACCUGCGGGGAUCCCCCCGUGAUGCAAACAGCGUGGACACCAAAGCACACAGUGAAACCGAGUCAGCCAAAGCCCAAAGAGAGACCAGCCUCCUGGCGACAUGUUCCUUUUAUGACCAUGUCCUACAUGUUUGGAAAUGGGGAACCAGCUAGACUAACUUUUGGCCUCCCAAAGGUCAGUAUUAAAGUUGCUGUGUGCCUGCCUUCCUUCUUGGCAGGCCUUUUUAGCAGUAGGAUAAGAAAACUUGGGACAGGGUGGCUUUGCUGCUGUCCUGUCACGUUACUUUUCCAGCUUUACUCCUGGGAAUCUGCUGCAGCUCAGAGCACUGACUCCUCAGGCACUUCAGGGAUGUGUUGCUGAGUUCUCUCUUCCAGUUCCCCCCCUCCCCCUGGCCGAAAUCCCCUUUCUGUUCAGUGCUGUAGAAAUAAGAGUAUUAUAUUCUUUUAUUCUAUUGUAUCUUUUAGAGAGUUCCUCUUAAAUUUGGGAUUCCUCUAGGCCUAGCUUAAGACCAAGCUCAGCAUGUGCCCCAAAACAAGACAAACCAACCUUAUUCCUGGCCCUGUUUCUGUUGGUGAAUUAGCUUUUCCUAGUGGUUUUUCCUAACACCAGCUUAAAAGGAGGUGGGCAAGUGGCAAGCUGCACUGGCUUGAUUUGCUGCGUGGUUCAGUAGCCACCUCGUGGCUCAAGACAACCUCUUGCUCCAGCCAAAGACUUGAGGGGGGGGGGGCAGAAUGUUCAGAUAUUUGAACUGCGCUGCCCUUGUGCGUCUGCAGCCUGCUUCACUCCUGCAGGAAAGGCAACACCCCGCCCUGCAGCUUUGAGCCUGAGGGAGCACGUGUGCUACGGGGAAGAGGGGAACGAUAUGCACCCUCACCCUCAUGCUCCUUUUACUUCCGUAUCACAGAACGGAAGAACACCAGCAGUUUUCAGUAAAGACAAGGAUAUUUUCCUCAGGGCUGGAGACGUCCUUGCUGAAGGGCUUACUUGCAAUAUGAAAUACCGUCACUCCAGCUUAGGCCAUUUAUAUACAGAUACGCACAGUUUACAACAGUAUUCUAAACGAAAUCUUUAAAAUAAAUAUUUUGGACCUUUCUAAAAUAA